AUGCCACCAAGCACCUGUCGCCAGAGUGUUAAAGGGAAGACUAUCACCAGCGGAGCAAACGGGAAGAAUACUGAAGACGAGAAGACGAAGAGAUACGAGAAGCUGACAGCUGACAUCGAUGCAAUAUGGAAAGAAGUUAAAAAGGAUGUAGAGGGAUUUUCCAACCCUCCAUCUGAUCAGGAAGCAAAGAAGUGGAAGGCUGGGCGCGUCUUUGACAAAUGGCAGGCGGGAAAGAACGGACAGAACCUGGGUCGAAGCGAGAAGGACGAUGAAUCGACAAGAAAGAUUGUAGACCCAACACCAAAGAUCCUAGAAAUUAUGGAAAAUGUCACGCCUGGCAAGACCGUCGCCGGUGGUGUAUCACAAGCAUUUGCUCCGGCGCCAUUGUGCUUCGAGGCGAUCAGCUUCUUCCUCCAAUUUUGGCUUAAUAACAUUGAAAUGCAGGAGAUGCUCGAGGAGCUUUUAUCCAAAUACGUCAUUGAGCUACGGUAUAUCACCGCCAAACUCAUCGGCAGCCUAGUGAGGGUCCUCCGCUUUAGUGUCGACAUCGGGAAAUCGAAUAGAGGCAUCUUGGGAAGGCUUGUGAAACAUUCCUUCCUAGGUGACAAUGAGAUCGGUAAACUGUUCAGCGAGAUGUCAUCUCUAGUGGAGGAAGAGCAUCGCGUGUUAGCCACAUUGAUGUACAGAGGCGUAAGAAACAUUCAGCAGGUCAUGACCCAGCAGCAGAUUGCAUCAGAUGCUAAGGCAUGGCGAAUCGCAAUCUCAAAGGCACUUGGUUUCACCGACGAGCCAAAGCAACUAUGGAUGGACAGACUGCAAGAUAUCAGACUCUCACUCAUUCCCGACACGGGCCACUGGGCAACAAAGACCUAA